UAAAAGAUACCCAUGUUUCUUUUAUUGCUCCCGGAUGGCACCGGGAAAGCAUGGCAGGGUGGAGGAAGGGGUAGACCACACGAAACCCAGAGGCCACGUGUACAUUUUCGGGGGGGGGGUCAGCCUAAAUAGCCUGUGGGAGUGGUCAUGACCCUCCCUGGGGAAGUGGUCACCACUUGGCGGUCUUUCCUGGAGGUGGAGUCCAGAUAGGGCUUGAAAUGGAUGCCAGGGGCUAGGGUGAUGCUUCUUACCAAACAUCCCAGACUCCUUGGAUAUAGGGGUGUGAGGGGGCUGGGGUCUUACUUCCAACCAAACAGUUCUCUCUUAUGGUUUUCUCUUCUUCCCCUGGGGCCACCCAGGAAUGCCUGGAUUUAUUAUUAAUUCUUAAUUCUGCUUGGUUUGAUUGGCUGCCCGUGGGUGGAGAGGAUUAAUAUCAGUAUCGUAACUUUUCCUCGGGUGUCAUGCCUGUUGCCUGCAUCUCUCUUUCCUCAGUCUCCUGGCUCAGCAAAGAGAAUGAGCAACUCAUGUGUUGUACAAAAACAUGUCUUGCUUACAGUGAAGUUUCUUAAGCUUUUAUAAUUAAUUUUGUUACGCUUUUAGUGACAUUAUCAGGAAACUGAACUUCCACCAGAAUAUAAAGAACAGCCAUUUUGUUGCAUCUUUGUUGUUCCCAAGGUGACCAAUAUCCCAACUAGAGAAUGCAUCUCCUCUUUCCUUUCCUUUCCUUUCCUUUCCUUUCCUUUCCUUUCCUUUCCUUUCCUUUCUUCUCUCCUCUCCUCACCUUUCUUUUCCUUUUCUUUCCUUUCCUUCCCCCCCCCCCUCAAUUUUAUACAAUCUGGGUUUAGGAAAGCAUUUUCAAUUUCUGUAUAAAAGGAGUCUUAUAAAAAUGAAUUUUUAGGUGAUUUCACACAUAGUACAUUUACACCCAUCAAAGUAGCAAGGUGAGCUAGUCUAGGCAGCUGUCUUUAUUCUGUGGAUUUCUCUUAGGAUCAAGCACUAGGAAGUCGCCAGGUUCUGAACCUGUGUGCCACUUGGCUAAGAGAGGGAAAGGGACUUCAAUGAUAGCCGCUAUUGCUAUAAUUGGGAAAAAGGUUGCGUGUAAACCUGGUGAAGGAAGGGAAAGAUGACCCAAAUAUUUGCUGAGAUCAUAGAUUAUACUCCAUUUUACAUUAUGAAAUUAAAAUGCAUCUUAUCCUGUUGCUAUGAUAAAAGAACGCACAACAGAAACAACCAAAAAGAAGAAAAGGUUAUUUGAGCGCCUAGCUCAAGAGCAGGGUAGGUUUGCAUUUUUCAUAGUGAGGAGAUAAUUAGAGCAGCUGGUCACAUGAGACCCACAAUCAGAAUGGGGAGAGGAAUAAGUUCUAGGCUUGUUUUCUCCUUUUCACUUCGGCCAGGUCUUUCCAGCCACUUUUAGGAUGGAUCUUCCCAAAUCCAUUUAACAUGGUCAACAUGAUCCCUCACAGGUGUGCUUGGAAGCCUGUCUCCCAGGGGAUCCCAGGUCAAGCUGACAUUUAACACUCCUCAUCACGUUCUUAAUUUUCUUCUAAAUUUCUAAUUAGCAACGCAUACACUGGGUAUUGGUGCUGUGAUUAUAUUCAUCUCAGAACUUAUAUACUUUCCCCUGAUCUUCACAUCUUGUUCAAAUUUUCUAAAUCUAUUUAAAACAGAUGACUUCAUUAUUUAUUUUUUUCCCAGAAAAUCAGCAAAAAGGUCCCAGAAAGGACAUGUUUAUGCUAUGUGACCAAUUUUUCUCUUUACAAUAAUACCAUGAUUCAAAUUAUUUUACAGCACCAAAUCAUUUCUUUAAAAAUAUCUCAAAGUGAAGGAUCUAUGAUUUCGGUAGACAGCAGUAAGCACGGGUGUAGGUGUGGAGAGUGUGCGUGGUCUGGACAGACUUCAGGAAAACUCUGUCCACUCUAUGAGCAACCUGCCUUUGUGUUUACACAUUUGGCUCAUUAGUCAUCGAGACAAUAAUGCUGUAUUUAUCUUGCGGCAUGGCAACGAACCAGAGAGAAAAGCCUGAACUUUUCCUCACACAGAAUACUGGAUGUUCCCACUCUAGCCCGGGGUCUCCUCCGAAAAGCAGCAGGCACAGACGGCCUGGUCAAUUCUCAGACCUUGUUCCAUUUGCCUUACUCUGAAGUCAGUGUGUGAGAACACUACAGGCUUGAUUUCUCCACCAGCUUAGCCUGCAUGAAGACUCCUCUGCUGCCACCUUGUGGAGUUUCGUGAUCAAACCGUUGCGGCGCGGAAUGAGAUUUAGCAGGUCUGAAAGCAGAGCAAGCCACAAAUGGCGUGGCUUGGAUUAUCCUGACGCAGUUAGCAGGAAAGACAGGCGAUUUAUGUUUCCCAGUCGGAAUUUAAAGUCAUGGCUGUGAUUAAAGUGUUGCAGUUUCUAAAAAGCCAGUGUAACCUUCUCACUGCCCAAUACCACUGACGUUCUGCUCAGUCAUGGAAAGGGCAUUCAGUUGAAGCUGCUUAGGGGCUCAAGUCCUUCUGGUGCAGGGUCAUAGAGGAAAGGCACCUUUAUGCAAGGGGCAGGGUGAAAGGUGCUGAGGCUGAUUUUAGGGCUGUUUGGGGGUGGCCUAAGCCACCUUAUUCCUUCCCAUAAGAUUGCAGCGGUGGACUUUCCUCUAUGCUGACCACUUGGCUCUUCUGGGGAGUGGCAUUUUUGUUUACACGUCAUUCCCGGCAAAAUUCAGUUCCACGAAGCUGUGCAGCAUGCUUUUAACCUUCUAAAUCCUUUCAUAUCACCUGCGACAGUCUGCAGUCUGGCUCAUACCCAAGAGUGAAUGGCUGAAUUUUAAGUGACUUCCAUUUGCUUGUCAUUGAAGAAAAAAAAUACAUCUAUAUUGAUGUGGGAGUGAUUUCUUAAUAAUAAAGAAACUGCCUCGGCCCUCAUAGGACAGAAAAUUAGGUAGGCGGAGUAGACAGAAGAGAAUGCUGGGAAAAAGAAGCUUAGUGAAGGAGUCGCCAUGAUUCUCCCGCUCCAGACAGACGCAGGUUAAGAUCCUCCCUGUUUGGAAACUUCGGCUGUCAGAUCCCAGGGAUGCAGAUGCCAAUGGGCCAGCCGAUGCCAGGUCCCAAUGUGUUCGCUGGUGGUUACCCGGGGUACGUGGCCUACUCUGACAGCUACCCCCCUGCUGACGACUCUAUGUGGUCUUUCUUCACAGCUGUUGCUGGACAGGAUGGUGAGGUGGAUGCGGAGGAGCUUCAGAGAUGCUUGACCCAGUCUGGAAUCAGUGGGACUUACGCACCCUUCAGUCUGGAAACGUGCAGAAUUAUGAUUGCUAUGUUGGAUCGAGAUUAUACAGGAAAAAUGGGGUUCAAUGAAUUCAAGGAGCUUUGGGCAGCGCUGAAUGCCUGGAAGCAGAACUUCAUGACCAUUGAUCAAGACCAAAGUGGCACCGUAGAACACCACGAGCUGAGCCAAGCCAUCACUCUUAUGGGUUAUAGGUUGAGUCCCCAGACACUGGCUGCUAUUGUUAAACGCUACAGCAAGAACGGCAGAAUUUUCUUUGAUGACUAUGUUGCCUGCUGUGUGAAACUUCGUGCCCUGACAGAUUUCUUUAGGCGAAGAGAUCACUUGCAACAAGGGAUUGUGAACUUCAUGUAUGAGGAUUUUCUGCAGGGCACUAUGACCAUUUGACAGCGUAGCAUUGAAAAGGUGAAUACUGAAGAAUCCUUCUGCUUCACUGAAACAGACUGGACUACCUAAAACUAGAAGUUUGAUGAACUUUUUUGUAUCCCUUCCUGUUAAAGCUCCGUCCCCUUCCUGUUAAUUUACCUUAAAGCACAGUUCAAUGCAAUAACGUUUUUAUUUGGGAUAUAUUAUUUUUUCGGAAAAGUUACGGUGUUGCAGAUAUAUGCACGCCAUCUUGAAAUGUUGCUAAUGAUAUGUAGUUGAUUGAUAUCAGCGCACCUGAGCCUUCGUUUUUUAACAAUAAUAGUGUAUAGAAAUGUAGUUACGUGACAGAUUGUCUAUGAAGCCAAGUAACAAAAGUCUAGAUAAAACUUAAUCAUGUUAUCUAAAGGCUACAAGUUGUACUUCUGAUUUUGUUCACGUCUGUAGCUGUUUCUGGAAGUAAGUCAGUUAGAGGGGACAUCUGCACAUUUGCUGGCUUUGGCUUUGAUUACCCCACCAGAGAACAUAACCUCAUGUUCUUGACCUAUGAAUAAGAAAUCUGUAGCUCCAAACACUAUCUGAAUUUGAGCCUGUCAGCCUACGGUAGUAGGUAUUGUUUUACCUUUUUUAUUUCAUUGUUUAUUUUUCUACAAAAUAUUUUGUUGUCUUCCUAUUUUCUUUUCUUUUUUUCUUCUUUUUAACACCUUUGUUUCUGCUUAGCUUUGUUUUGUGAGACAGGAUCUUUCUAGAUGGCCCAAUAGGUCACAAACCCAUCGUCCUCCUGUCUUGCCCACUUUGUGUAUGGAGGUUCAAGGCGUGCAGACGUGUGCCUGCCUUAAAAUUUGAAAAUGAAGAUAUCUUUCUCUUUUCUUAGCAGUGGCAUAGAUAACCUAAAGUGUCCUCUUUCUCAAAAUCAACCAGUUUUGGAGAAUGACAGAUUUUAGUGAAGUGUCAGCACUUAUUCCUGUUUCCUCUUUAAACCCGUGCUGCCCCUAGGUGAUGGCGACAGUUUAUAAAAUGAGAAAAAAUUCAUGUGAUCCGCUACUGUUCAGGAAUUCUGUGUUGAAUUAACGGCAUGAAUGUGUGCGCGCAUGCGCGUGUGUGUGUAUGUGUGUGUGUGUGUGUGUGUGUGUGUGUGUGUGUCAAUGUGUGGGUAUGGGUGUACCAAGAAGUGUUUUGAUUUUUUUUUCCUUUGUGGACCCUGUUAGCAGCAUUUCUGGUGAAAUUUUCUAUAGAGAUUUCAAGUAGUCAUCAAGUUCUUUGCACUAAAUCCUCUCUCUGGUAUAAGGUGUCAGAGGUCAUUUCGUUUCUAAUGUGGAAGACACCUGUCUUUAUUAAUGAAGAUUUGAUAAAUCACUAAAUUGUCAUAUAUUUUAACUGAAUAUAUAUCUAGCUGAAGAAAAAUGCAAAUAGAUAUAAUUUUAGUUUAACUGGUGACCAAAUUAAAUAUUUUUUAAAGAAAACACCAUGUUUUUUAACGGGCAAACCUCUUUUAUAAUUACAGAAAAAAUGUAAAAAUGCUUUUACUUGAAAAGAUUCGGGUAAAGAAGUGAUGCCUAAUCGUUUUGACACUGGUUCCCUAUAGUUUGCUAUUAAAUACAUUUGGUCAGUUUUAUAAAGACUGACUAAUGGAUACGCCACACAAACUGUCCUCUGAUUGUGUUUCAUGACCACAUAUUUGAUAACCUGAAAGAAUAUUAGCCGAACCAUUGAAUGUACAGAAUCUGAAGCCAUUGUCGGGAAAUGAAGCCACAGUAUGAUGUUAUAAAUUAUUGAAGAAUGGACACUCGUGAUGUAUAAGUGUUUUUAUUUAUACAGUAAACAUGUUUCCAUGUCAUUUUGAGAAUUUUUUAAUAAACAUUCAAAUAGCUUGCUGUAAA